UCUUUCUCCCCAGUCAGCGAUCACUCUGCUUCCUGUGUUCAACUGUGAUCAGCUUUGAAGUUCAAAGAGGAAGCAGAUAUUUACAUUAUAGGUUGGGCUCGAAACCGAAGAAAAUGGUGAAGAUUUGUGGAAUUGGAGCAGGGUACGUAGGAGGUCCUACGAUGGCGGUAAUUGCUCUCAAGUGUCCUUCAAUCGAAGUAACUGUAGUGGAUAUCUCGCAGUCUCGCAUAUCAGCUUGGAACAGCGAUCACCUUCCCAUUUACGAACCUGGUCUGCAAGAAGUGGUUCAAAAAUGCAAGGGCAAGAACCUUUUCUUCAGCACCGAUGUUGGAAAGCACGUCUCAGAGGCAGACAUAAUCUUCGUUGCAGUUAACACACCAACAAAAUCCAGAGGCCUGGGAGCCGGGAAAGCCGCUGAUCUGACCUACUGGGAAAGUGCAGCGAGGGUGAUCGCAGAAUGGUCCAAGUCAAACAAGAUUGUUAUUGAGAAAUCCACUGUUCCUGUCAGAACAGCUGAAGCUAUUGAGAGAAUUUUAACUCAUAAUAGCAACGGUGUUUCCUUUCAGAUCCUCUCAAACCCAGAAUUUCUCUCUGAGGGAACAGCCAUUGAAGACCUUCUGAAUCCUGAUAGGGUUCUUAUUGGAGGGAGACAAACGCCUGAAGGGCAAAUGGCGAUUCAGACACUGAAGGGUAUUUAUGCUCACUGGGUUCCUGAAGAUAAAAUCAUAACGACAAAUUUGUGGUCAUCUGAGUUAUCUAAGUUAGCUGAUAAUGCGUUUUUGGCGCAGAGGAUUUCAUCCAUAAAUGCAAUGUCUGCUCUGUGUGAGGCAACUGGAGCAGAAGUUUCAGAGGUGUCACAUGCUUUAAGUAAGAACAGUAAAAUAGGGUCCAGGUUUUUGAAUGCCAGUGUUGGUUUUGGUGGGUCUUGCUUUCAGAAAGACAUACUCAAUUUGGUGUAUAUUGCUGAGAGCAAUGGCUUAGCUGAAGUGGCGAGCUACUGGAAACAAGUGAUUCAGAUGAACGAUUACCAAAAGGAUCGGUUUGUGAAAAGGGUUGUCUCCUCCAUGUUCAACACGAUCUCAGGUAAGAAAAUUGCAGUGCUGGGUUUUGCAUUCAAGAAGGACACUAGUGACACAAGGAAGACUCCUGCCAUUGAUGUUUGCAAAGGUCUUAUGGGAGAUGAUGCAUGCUUGAGCAUUUAUGAUCCAAAGGUAAGUGAAGAUCAAAUUCUGAGGGAUCUGGCAAUGGAUAGUGUUGAGUGGGACCAUCCAGUUCACCUCCAGCGAAAGAUUAGUCCCAAUACUAUGAAACAGGUUAGGAUUGUUAAGGAUGCUUAUGAGGCAACGAAGGAUGCUCAUGGGAUCUGUGUUCUUACAGAGUGGGACGAAUUUAAGACCCUUGAUUAUCAGAGAAUAUUUGAUAAUAUGCAGAAACCUGCGUUUGUUUUUGAUGGUAGGAGCAUAUUGAAUGCUGGGAAGCUGAGAGAGAUUGGGUUUAUUGUGUACUCAAUUGGGAAGCCAUUAGACCCCUGGCUAAGGGCAUGAAUGGUGGAUUGGAUCCUAUGAAGGGGCAAAUUCUGAAUACAAGUUGAUGAGUGAAGACGAAGAUCUGAUCCCUUGAGAUUUCAUCCCUAUAAUAUCUAUACUAUAUGUUGGGAUUUAUAGUCAGUCUUUAUUGCCAAGAAUAAAGUUUUUUUCAGAUUUUUUAAAACA